AUGCGCCCUGAUGACACUGGAGGAAAGUUGGAAAAACUUUCGCAGUUGCUCACAUUGGCCAUGCACUGCUUUCUUCCUUCUAUACCGGCACUACCCGCAUCUCGCGCCGUAUUCUGGUGUGUUCUUAAUUCGAGUGGUACGCAUGACCCAGCACAAAACUCUGGUCUAUCUGUACCAGAGUACAACACCGCGGAGAAUCUGACACAUCCCCCAGAAUCCAUGAUUAAGAUCCCCAUGCGCAAGGGUUAUACAACUGCCAAACUCCGCAAUGUGUUCUUCGCCUACGGACUAUCGUUAUUUGAGAGACUGAAGGAACGAAAGUCGAGUGUGAAUAGUUAUGAUGAGAAUAAACUAGAGGAUUUGUGGAAUUGGGCUGUCAACUAUUUCGCAAAGGCGGUCAGGAGAAAGCGAAAUUCGAGUCGCUCAAGUGAGAAUAAAUAG